UUCUGUUCCGUAUUCAUGGAAUUUAUUAACAAAUAAUUGAAUACAGGGUCCACUUUCGUUUCGACUUUUAGAUUCUCACUUUCUUUAGCUGCCUUUGACCGUUUUGUUUCGUUUUUGGUUCUGAUUUAUCGUCAUGAUAAGAUUUGUGAACCAGAAGCUGAUAAGGCAGGGGAAAAAAAUCAUGCUCGUUCUUGCUUGUACAUGAAAUCUGCGCUUGCGCCAUAGCGCCCGUGGGUAGGGAAAUCGUUAAAAGCAAGGUAGAUGCUUCGUAUGUGUUUGUGUUUGAGUGCUUGGAAUAUAAGCAAUAAGAAAUAUGUCAGCUUCAGAAAUAAAUUUGAGGGUUACUGGACAGAGUAGUCAAGGGGGUAGAAAAUAUAUGGAAGAUGCUUUUGUAGUAGCAUAUCAACAGACGGAAGAUAAAAAAGAUUUGGAGUAUGCUUUUUUCGGUAUUUUUGAUGGUCAUGGAGGCAGAGAAGCAGCCCAGUAUGCAAAAAAUAAUUUGCUGGACAAUAUUGUUACGCUUAAGCAAUUUUGGCAAGAUGACGAUAAUAUGGUUUUGAGUGCGAUCAGAGAUGGGUUCCUGAAUACUCAUUUAGCCAUGUGGAAAGAAGUGGAAAAUUGGCCUAAAACUGCCUCUGGCCUUCCAAGCACAGCAGGAACGACGGCCAGUGUCGCAUUUAUCCGUAAAGGAAAAUUAUAUACUGGACAUGUUGGCGAUUCCAGAAUUGUUAUAGGUCUCAAAGAGACAGGUGUGGAAGAAUGGCAAGCAGAAUCAUUAACCAUUGAUCAUAAACCAGAUUGCCCACGAGAGAAGCAGCGUAUCCUGGAUUCUGGUGGUUUGGUUAUGAACAAAUCUGGUGUAGAGAGAGUAGUGUGGAAAAGACCACGUCCAGGACAUGAAGGACCCAUCCUUCGGAGCACAGAUUUUGAGAAAAUACCAUUUUUGGCUGUAGCCCGUUCUUUGGGGGAUCUGUGGAGUUAUGAUUAUUUUCAGAAAGAAUUUGCUGUGAGUCCUGUACCAGAUUUAGGGGUAAUGAGUUUGGAUUUGAAUAAAGAUAAAUGCUUGAUUCUAGCAUCAGAUGGUCUGUGGAAUAUAAUGUCACCUCAAGCUGCUGUAAAUCUUGUUCAGGAUGUUGAAAAUGAAAACAGAAAACUUGUUUCAAAAUUUGGAAUUUCUGAAAACAUUCACUUAACUCUUUGCAAUCCAUCUCGUGCUCUGGUGGAUUGUGGUCUGGAACAAUGGAAUCAAUUAAGAACCCGAGCAGACAAUGUUAGUGUCAUCACAGUAAUGCUGGACCAAAUUAAGUCAACUGAAGUAGGUGUGCUUAAAGAACAGCUCAUACUCAAAAUGAAUUACCCCAGGAGUUUACCUGUAUGGGAUGUUGGUCUCCGAUGCAAAAGUGUUGAUAGCUCGGAAGCCUCUGAAGAUUCCUCCAACAAAGCUGCUGUGCUAGGGGCACAUGGACUUAAGAAUAAAAUUGGUUACUUAAAAUUAGGUCCAAGCACUUCAUCUGUAGCAAAGACAGAGCUGGACUGUGCACUUCCUUGUGGAAGCCGUGACUAUUUAAAUAGUGUUGCAGGUCCAAGCUGCCGUGAUAACCAGGAAUUUAUGGAUGAAAGCAAUAACCCAAACCCUAGUUUAGAAGAGAGUGAUCGACAGUAUGACUUGGAUGAAAGUGGUCCCAGUUGCAGUCGACAUACAAGCAGCCCUCUUCAAUCACGUUCAAAUUUCUUGCCGGAAUAUUUCUCAACAAGUAUGACCAAGGCAUCACGUAAAAUUGAAGCAGAAGGGAUAGAAAAUAAUAGUCCAUGUCCUUUUCCUCGAUGGAGUAAAAGUGCAACUGGUCGCACAAGCCUGUCAAAGUUAGCCACUUGGAGUAAAAUGGUCAGCCAUCGGCGCAUGAGUGACCCAUUCCCACAUGUUGAGAUGGCUCCAGCAUCUACAGACAACGGCUCAUUGUCAGAUGAUGAAAAUAGCAACAAUCAUAGGAUUAGUUGUCUAAAGUAUAUAAAUACAAUUGAUUUUCAAGAAAUGGGGCUAGAACCUGAUCUGUGUGAUGAAAAUGUCUGUGCAAAAUCUUCUAAUAGUGCAAAACAUGUUUUUGAUCAACAGAAUUUCAAAGUUUGUAUUGAUCAGCUAUCUAGUAUAAAGCAAGCAAUUAAAAGAAAAUACCCUGGUGCUGAAAUCUCACAGUCAUUCAUUGGUGUUGACAAAUCUGAAGACUCCAUUUCCCAAAAGAGAAAGAUGGCUUCCAGUCUUUUAAAGAUGUCAAAUGUAAUUCCAGAAGUACAGAGCUAGAAUAUGAUGCUUACUUCUAACAAACCUUGUGUAUUUGAAAUGUAUGCAUAUCAGAACUCCCUAAUUUUCUUUAGGCAGAUAUUUUAAAGUUAAAUUUUACCAAUAUUUCCAAAAAUAUAAUUUACAUAUAUAAUAAAUGACAAUUUUAUAAUCAUACCUUUCCUCUCCACAAGGUUUGACUAUAUUUUUUAAACAAGUGUAAAUAAAGAAAAACGCAUUAAAAUAUAAAUUUUUUCUGUAGAACCAUCUCCUAUUCGACUUAAGUGGUUUUUAAUUUCAUUCAUUGUUCUGAAAUUCCUCCUUUUUUUAAUCAUGUUUUUUCAUUUUUAUACUUUUUGACUAGUAAUAUCUUGUUGUGACUUCGAUAUAUGUAUUUAAAAAAUCAUGUUUGUCUACUUAUUUAAAAGUGUAAAUAUUAAAUAUUUACUGACCGAUAUAUAAUUUCAAGUCAUUGCAUGACUAAUUUUAGGCAUUACAUGUAUAUUUAUUUAUUGUUAUAGUAACCAACCUGUAGUAAAAUUAUGAGCAAAUGCUUUAUUGUAUAUAACAAUGUAUUGAUUAUUUAUGUCAAAGCUCUCUGUAAUUGUGCAAAAUGAAAAUUUCUGUAAAAGAAGUAUAUGAAAUAAUUUUUCUGUGGAAUUUUUAUGAAAGGAAAUCAAUCUGCACAUAGUACACCUAUUUCUUCCAUACAUGUAAUAUAUAUGCUCUAGUCAUUUAUGUGAAAGGAAACUAUUUAUGAAUUUUAUCUAUAACAGUUUUAGAAGUAUUUGUCCAUGUGUCAUCAAUCAAUGUAACUUAUUAGUGAAUAAAUCAUUUUCCAUCAUCA